AUUUUCAAAGUCGUUUUUAAACUCCAGCUUAUCUUAGACUGGGGUUUAUCCAAUGUUAUUUGAAUAGGAUAAACCCCAGUCCCUCUUAGUAACAGCUGAGAUAGCAUAUUAGUUCUUUCAUUAACCGUAUUACUUUUUUUUUGCAUUUUACUAUAACUCUUAUUUUAAAUUGUUUAUAGGCCCCAGCACCAGUACCCAAUUCAAGGAACUAUCGUCCAAAAUAGACGAAAUUUUGGAAAGACAGCGUUCCACUGAGGUGAAGGUGCAGGCCAUGCAAGGAAUGCUGGAGGCAUUCAUGGCGAAGUCCGAAGUUUCGGUCAAUUUGUUGGCGUCCAAAAUUGGAAAAGACAAUGCAGAGGAAGUGGAUGAGGAACUGCAACUUGAUGAAAUUUUCUCACUUACCUUUGUCCAACAAAUUGAGGAUUUGGAGGAAAAACUCCAUCAAAAUGGAUUGUUAAAAAAAAAAUUGGUCCGUAAGUUGAGCUCAUAUGGGGGGGUCAACGGAAUGAAAACGAUCCGCACUAUUUGCAAGUGCAUUUUUACAGAUCCACUACUGGCAGAACAUUCUUGGCUGGGGACUAAUGCCAAAAAAAGUUUCAGCCAAUACAAGUUCCUAAAUAAAACUAUAUUGGAAGCGGUCCGAUCAAGGUACCCCACUUAUAGUGAAGCCGAGGGUGCUUCAUUUUUUAAAGGCUUUUUGAAGCAAGCCCCAUUUCGAAUGGGAAAACCGUCCACAAAUACCAGUUCCAACACCAGCUCCUCUGCCUCUGACGGGCAAUCCACAACAUAAUUAAGUUAAGCUAUUUUUUAUUUUUAGUUUUAGUUUUAGUUUUACUUCAUUAAAUAAUGUUUCA